AUGCCGAUGAAAACGGUGGCUCCGGUGCACUACUCCCCGGCCCAGAGCGCUCGUGCGGCCGCUCAAGGAGCAGCUUCCACCUCUUUGCCGCAGCGAAGCCCACAUGUGGUCAGCAACAAGAACUUGGGCCAUUACAUCUUGGGCCGUACCAUCGGUGAGGGUACAUUCGGCAAGGUAAAGCUUGGAAGGCAUAUCCUCACUGGUGAGCGCGUUGCCGUCAAGGUCUUGGAAAAGGACCGCAUCCAGGAGGUAGCCGACAUCGAGCGCGUGGCCAGGGAAGUGCAGCUCCUCAAGCUGAUCCGGCACCCACACGUGGUGCAGCUUUUCGAGAUCAUCGAAACACGCGGUCAGCUUUACCUCAUCAUGGAGUAUGCCUCCGGCGGCGAACUCUUCGACUACAUUGUCCAGAACCAACGCGUCCCAGAGCCUGAAGCUUGCCGCUUUUUCCACCAAAUAAUCGCAGGGGUCGAGCAAAUUCACGCGAUGAAUGUGGUUCAUCGCGACCUGAAGCCCGAGAAUCUGCUUCUGGAUGAGCACAAGUGCAUCAAGAUUGUUGAUUUUGGGCUCAGCAACCGCUUCGACGACAACCAGUUGCUGAGAACUGCGUGCGGCUCUCCCUGCUACGCUCCUCCGGAGAUGGUCUCGGGACAGAGCUAUGUUCCGCAGAUGUGCGAUCUCUGGAGCUGUGGUGUCAUCCUCUUCGCGAUGGUCUGCGGAUUCUUGCCCUUCGAGGACUCCAACACCUCGGCGCUCUACAAGAAGAUCCUCGCAGCCAACUACACGGCUCCCUCCUUCAUCACCGACUCCGUGAAGGAGCUUAUCGCAGGGCUCUUGACGGUAGACCCGGCCAAGCGCUUCACCAUUGCGGAUGUGAGAGCGCACGAGUGGUACCGCCAACUCCCGGAGGCAUCCGUCCGUCCACGUGACUUGGUGUCACGUCAGUGCGGCCUGGAAGAAGAUGUGUUGCAGGAGCUGAAAUGCCACGGCUUUCCUCAGGAGUAUGCCACAAACUGCCUCCUGAACAACAAGCACAACAGCGUCACAACCACGUACUAUCUGCUCGCGGCCAAGCGGCGCAG